GUACUUUCAAUCUCAAAAAAAUCAACUCAUCGAUGGCAUCUUCAUCAUCUUCUCCCUCUGCUCCAGCCUUUUCAUCUCAUUCCUGGUGUUAUGAUGUUUUCCUUAGUUUUAGAGGAGAAGAUACUCGUCGCACUUUUGUUGAUCACCUCUACACGGCUCUUGAACAACAAGGGAUCAACACUUACAAGGACAGCGUAGCACUUCCUCGGGGUGAAUCGAUCGGCCCAUCCCUUAAGAAGGCAAUCAAAGAAUCAUAUAUUGUUGUCAUCAUAUUCUCUAAAAGCUAUGCAGAUUCGUCUUGGUGCUUGGAUGAGCUUGCACAUAUUAUGACAUGCAGGGAUAUAAGAGGGCAAAUCGUUAUGCCCAUAUUUUACGAUGUAGAUCCCUCUGAAGUCCGAAAACAAAAAAGGAGGUAUAAAGAAGCAUUUACCAAACAUGAGCAUGAGAACAAGACCAAGGUUAAAUCUUGGAGAAAAGCACUUGUGGAUGCAAGUAGCAUUUCUGGAUGGGAAACGAGGAACAUUGCUAACGGGCAUGAAUCACAAGGCAUCAAACAAAUUGUUGUCGAAAUUUCGCAGAAGGUGCAACAAGUAGCUUCAAGUGCAAAUGAGAACCUAGUUGGAAUAGUAGCUCGCAUGCAACGUUUGAAAUCAGAGUUACAAAUUGAGUCAGGCGGUGUGCUUAUGAUUGGAGUAUGGGGGAUUGGGGGUGCUGGUAAGACUACUCUUGCAUCUUCUAUUUAUGAUGAAAUUUGUCGGCAGUUUGAUGGUUGCUGCUUUAUUCCAAAUAUUCGAGAGGAAUCAAGCAGGCAUGGUCUGGGAAAGUUGGAAGAAGAUAUACUUUCAAAAAUGGGAGUAAAUAGAGUUGGAGGAGGAAGAUGGGUGAUAAAUAAUAGGUUUCAUCAUAGAAAAGUCUUGAUUGUUCUAGAUGACGUCGAUCACCUUGGCCAACUAAAAGCGUUAGCCGGAUCACAUGAUUGGUUUGGUGAAGGAAGUAGAAUAAUUAUAACAACUCGAAAUAAGCAUUUAUUAGUUGCACACAAAGUAAAUGUGAUACAUAGUAUUAGGUUGUUAGACAAUGAUGAGGCUAUUAAGCUCUUUCGCAAGCAUGCACCUCGGGAUAACAGACAUGUAGAAGAAUAUGAAAAUCUUUCUAAAGAGGUGGUCUCUUAUGCUGGUGGGCUUCCGUUAGCCCUUACAGUUCUUGGGGUGAAGGUUUUGAUACAAAAGGCUCUCAUAACUAUUUCAGAAGAUGGAAAGUUUGAUAUGCACGAUCUGGUGCAAGAAAUGGGACACCACAUUGUUAGAGGGGAACACCCUAACAAUCCUGAAAAACAUAGUAGGGUCUGGAAGGAACUUGACAUGAUUGAAGCAAUAAGUUUUAAAUAUAGUAGUGAGGGUCAGCUACAAAGGAAUAAACUUCAGAGGAAUUUUAGAUACGGCAGUGAGAAUCAGUUAAAAAGGUAUAAACGUCUUCUUCAUCCGAUUGUUGCAAACGCGAAGAACCUUAGGUGGAUUGAAUGA